AUGUUCUGCGAUUAUUUGGUGGAAUAUUAUAUUGAUGAAGGAGCAAAAUUCAAUCCACACAUUUGGGCAUCAAGGGAAAUUACAUCAGAACGUACUACUAAUAGCUGUGAGUCUUACCACUCAAAAUUUAAUUCACUAUUCACAAAAGCUCAUCCCAACAUUUUCAUAUUUACCCAUGUUUUAAAUACAAAAAUACAAACUGACACUUACAUGCUUAUAAAUGGAAUAAAUAUCAAUACAAUCAGUAAAAAUAGUGCUUUUAACAAAAAAAAACAAAAUAUUAAAACUUUAUCAAAUGAUUUGAACGAUAAUAAAAUUUCCAAGUUCACUUAUUUAAAACAUGUGUCCAAAUAUUACCAAAAGUAG